AUGGAAAAGUUGCAGAUUCUGAAGCUGUGCCAUAACAAUCUUACAAAUCUAAGCAAGAAUUCGUUCCGCGGCGGCCCGAGCUGGAAUUUGAAAGAACUCUAUCUGAAUGGUAAUCCGUUAAAGGAACUCAAUAUUUUCGACGAGCUGCCAAACUUGGAGAAAUUGGUGCUAGAUGAAGUCACUGGCCUGGAUUUCCAGGAGACGUUUUCAGGACAUUCACUGAAACAUUUGAAGUAUCUCAGUCUGCAAAACUGUAAUCUGACCUCCUUGCCAGAUGACAUUUUCCAGGGUAUGAUAAAUUUGGAGUACCUAUCGCUGAGCGGCAAUCCACUAAAAGCAGUGCCUCAGGCAGUCCAGGAUAUUCCAACUCUAAGAACACUCAACCUCAGUCACACAGGCAUUGAAGAAAUUCAAACCGACGCGUUCGUGUAUAGUCACAAUCUGAAAGAGCUGUACAUGGAAGAAAAUAAGAAUCUCCGUGUCAUCCACGAAUGCGCUUUCUGUGGCCUAACUUCUUUACAGAAACUCGUGCUGAGAGGUUGCUCACGACUCACGCAAAUCCACGAUUCAGCAUUCUGUACUGAUGAAUCAAAUCUCAGAACACUUGAUGUAGAACAUGCGCGUCUGUCAUCACUGCCAAGUUCACUGAAUCUUGAAGUUGCUGAAACACUGAAAUUGGGCGGAAAUCCGUGGAACUGCACGUGCUGGCUCGCUAAAAUCAACGAACACCAAAUUGAUCUCAGUAAUGGCAGCAUGCCGCCAAGAUGUCAUUGGCCACUGUCACUACGUGGUGAAAGAGUGGACUUCAUCAGAACAUCAGAUGUUUGCCCUGAAACUCAUGGCAUUGUUCAGAAGAUACGCGUCGUUCUUCUACUACUUUCGAUCGUUUCGGUUUUCCUUCUCAUUAUUUACUGGAUAAGAAGACACAUUGUCAAUAUAGUGAUGUUCAGUGAUGGGUAUACCAAGUUGCAAAAGAAUCCAGAAUUUGUUUAA